AUGGCAGGCAUCCAAUCCCAGCUAGACUCCGGAGCAGUACCCGGCCACAUCUCCAACGUAUGCCCCAAAGGCACAAAGCUCUGGCUCCUCGAAUGCGGCUGGCUAGCCUGCGACGAAGGCUUCGUCAUUCGCGGCGCCAACACCUCUUUGGGCUCUACAGCAGGCCAAUCCUUUGAGAACAAACGUCGCAACCUCCCCGUGUACUGCUGUCUCAUCGAUCACCCUCACGAAGGACUUAUCCUCUGGGAAACAGGUUGUGGCAAGGACUAUCCAGAGGUGUGGGGACCACAAGUUGCAGAUGUGUUUACGAGGGUCAAGUAUGAGGAGAAGCAUGAAUUGAGGAAUGCGAUUGCCGCGACUGGGAACAAGAUUGAGGAUAUCAAGAAGAUUGUGAUUGGGCAUUUGCAUCUCGAUCAUGCGGGUGGGCUGGAUGAGUUCUUUGGUCGCAAGGAUGUGGAGGUGUGGGUGCAUGAUAGGGAGUUGAAGAGUGCGUUUUGGAGUGUGGCUACUGGCGCUGAUGCUGGAGUGUACUUGAAGCAUUACCUAAACUUGGACUUGAACUGGAAGACAUUUGACGACAGAACGAUUGACUUCUGUCAAGGCAUCACGCUGCAUCAUUUGCCUGGUCAUACCGAUGGAUUGAUUGGCAUGCAAAUCAACCUGCCCGACAGUGGCACAUUCUUCUUCAUCUCAGACCACUGUCAUGUUAUUGAGAAUUGGCGCGAUGGCAUCCCUCAAGGAUGGCUUGCUCGAGACCACCCAGCUUGGUUCCAGAGUACACAGCGGCUGAAGCGCCUUGAACGUACGACUCGAGGCAGAGUGAUCCCUGGACAUGACGAAGAGACGUUUCUGGCUCUUCAGAAGGAGAAGGACGUAUUUACUUGA